UUUUUUUUCCUUUAAAGUAUUAUUCCGUGCAUCUCUUCCCUGUUAUCCUUCCAUCAGUUUCUUCUAUUGAGAGAAGAUGCCCGCGCCUCCACCGGCAACUGGAAGCUCCAGCUCUCCGGCGUUGUACUCUCACCACGAUCUUCUCAAACUGGUGAGGAGUCACGAGGUUGCAUUAGCGGAGCUCAAUAAUAUCCCUGCUUCUCGAACUGUCUUCCAGAGAAAUGGGAACCUAUUUUUCCGUACAACUGCUCAGAAGGCAAUGUCUUAUGAGCAAAGUAAGAACUUUACCCAACUUGAGCCAUUACUCCUUUUGUAGCAAUUGGAGAUGGCCAAAGCUAAGCUGCAAAAGCUAACUUCUUGAUGUUAUCAAGUGUUUUUUCAUGGUUUGGUUGUAGCCAAGUGCAGUAUUUGUUAUAUUUGUGAAAAGUUCCCUGAUGAACAUGUUUGAAAUGUUUCAAAUUGAAUUUCACAAGUCCUUUGGUUA